AACCCACCAAUCCACCCCCAUGCAAGUGAAGAAGAUUCGGACCAGGCUCUCCAGGCUCUCCACGCCCAUCCCGAUUCCGAUGAAUGCAUCCUUCUCUCGCAAGUGGUUUCUCGAAUUCUCAUCCUUGCGCUUAAUCCUACGGCCCCUGGUGGGUUCACGACGGGAUCUUUUCCUGGCUAUGGCGUGGACGCUCCCGUGUGCGCGGCGAGAGUGUGUUGUGUUGGGUCCGCGAAAGGAGUUUGUGCUUUUUGAGUGCAUUGGGGGUUGAGCGAGAGGUUUUUUUCGUAGGUGAGAAGGAAUUGGAGUGAGAAGUUUUUUUAGGGGAAUUUGAGUUUCGUUGCGAUGUUUUUGUGCAUUUUGUGUGGGACACAAGGCCGGGGAGGUUUGAAGUGCAGUGAAUGCGGAGAGACGUGUGGAUUACGGUUGAGAUCCAUGUUGUGGUGUAGCUGAGAGCGUAUUUUCUGCCAUUUCCGCCACUGAGAUUUUUGAUGAUUUUGUGGGCGAUGAUGUCCAGUGUCAUUUCAGUGAAACAGAUGACAGUCGUGUGCUGUGUUCUUUUGCAUUGAGCCUUGGACAUGACUGGAGCUGAGGUAGCUGCCUGAUCGAUAAGGUGACCUUUCUUUUUUGCAUUCAUGUGUGCACCUGAAAAUUUAGAGAGAUAACCAGUAAACGGCAUCAUUAAUUACGGCUGCAGUUACACGUGGUCAUACCUGAAGCAAGUUUUACUCGUGUCUUGAAGAAAAACAAUUUACACGAGGGUCUUACUGGUUUUAAUUUUUGGCAAACCGAGAAUCAACGGACGUCUGUCACUUGAGUGUUGUGGCCACUAUAUUACUGCGGGGCAGUUCACUGAAGUAGUUGAAGAGCAUGGCUCAGAUUACAGCAGCCUCUGCGACACAUGCUUCUGUCUCUUCGGCUGGUAUUUGCCUGGGCAUUGCUCCCAACAGCCGUUUUUCCAAGCCAUUUCUAAGUCGCCAAAUUAGUAGUGAUCGAAGCUUCAAGGAUCCUGCCCUUAUUCAAAGAGUGACAUUGUCCUCAACUUCUAGGCUCCGAAAGCUGCCUAUAAUACGGGCCCAGAAAAAUGCAGGUGCAACAGAUCUUGCAGACAAAGUUAGCGUGGAUUCUACCGCUCCUUCAGGGGCCUCUCUUUCAAAACCCCAAAAUGGAGGUGCCACAAAGCGGGUGGGAUUCUCAGCUUGGACUGAACCCCUCGCAGGGGUACUACAACACUUCAAUGUAGAUCUCAAUAGCGGACUCGGUGCUGACGCAGUGGAGAAGCAGCGCCUACGAUUCGGUUGGAAUGAGCUUGAAAAGGGUGAGGCCAAACCCUUCUGGCUCCUGGUUGUGGAGCAAUUUGAGGACACAUUAGUGCAAAUCCUGCUAGCAGCAGCUGGAGUUUCAUUCCUCCUAGCACUUUCUGACUUAGACAAAAAUGAAUCAGCGGGAGUGGAGGCCUUCACCGAGCCAUUAGUAAUACUGUCAAUUAUUAUCCUCAAUGCUGUGAUUGGAGUAUGGCAAGAACGGAAAGCUGAGAGCACAUUAGAAUCUUUGAAGGAGAUGCAGUCUGAGUCCUCCCGCGUUUUGAGAGAUGCAACCGAAUUCAGGGACGUUCCGAGCCGGGAUUUGGUACCAGGAGAUAUCGUAGAGCUAAGAGCAGGUGACAAAGUGGCCGCUGACAUGCGAAUUGCUAUGCUUAAAUCGGGAACUAUACGCUUGCAGCAAGCUUCUCUUACUGGAGAAAGCCAACCCGUGUUAAAGCAAGCCGAGGAAGGGGAUGAUGAUGAAAUUGAGUUGCAGGGCAAGCUUUGUAUGGCAUUUGCGGGCACAACUGUAACAAAUGGGAGCGCUGUGUGUGUUGUAACUGAUACGGGCAUGAACACAGAAAUAGGUAAAAUUCAGUCUCAGAUUCAUGAAGCCUCUCUAGAAGAUUAUGAUACGCCCCUCAGCCGGAAGCUCGACGAAUUCGCAGACUUAUUAACGAAGGUGGUGGGAACCAUCUGCAUCGUUGUGUGGCUGGUGAAUUAUAAAUACUUCGUUUCUUGGGAAAUUGUCGAUGGAUUUCCUACAAAUUUUGAGUUCAACCUGGAUCAAGCCACAUAUUACUUUAAAGUAGCAGUGGCACUUGCUGUGGCUGCCAUUCCAGAAGGCUUACCGGCAGUUAUUACCACUUGUCUCGCUCUCGGUACUCGUCGUAUGGCUGAAGAAAAUGCGAUUGUGCGAAAGUUGCCUUCUGUGGAAACUCUUGGCUGUACUAGUGUAAUCUGCUCAGAUAAGACAGGCACUUUAACUACCAACCAGAUGUCGGUUGUGCGUUUGGUUGGUGUGGAUACAGAGGGCUCUUUGCGUACUUUUAGAGUUUCUGGAACUUCAUACGAUCCUCGGGAUGGUGAAAUUAUUGAUUUGCCGGAAAGUCUUGAUGCAAAUCUGCAGUCUAUUGCACAAAUAUGUUCUGUUUGCAAUGAUGCCGGGGUUCAGCUCCAAGAUGGUGUUUUUACAGCAACCGGAAUGCCCACAGAAGCAGCUCUCAAGGUAUUAGUUGAGAAGUUAAAAGUACCUGAUGCACGUCUACAAGAAGAAAUAUCUGCAGAGAGGUUGUCGGCUCCUGAAAAAUAUUCUAUGGGGGUGUGUAAAUAUUGGGCUGAGGGUAGUCAGAGGCUGUUUACGUUAGAGUUUGACAGAUUGCGGAAGUCAAUGGGUGUUAUAAUUAAGGAGCAAGGCAGUGAUACCGGCAACAAACUUCUAGUGAAGGGAGCAGCAGAAUGUGUUCUGGAGAGAUGCACCUCAGUGCAGCUCAAGGAUGGUACCAUCAUUCCACUUUCACCCAGCUUUAGGCAGGGGAUAACUAGUAGCAUUGAGGGAAUGGCAUGUCAGGGAUUACGAGUUCUUGCUUGUGCUUUUAAGCGCGACCUCGGUAGCAUGUCCGACUACAAUGGACCAGAGCACCCAGCCCACCAAAGACUGGUCAAUGCUGAUAAUUACUCAUCAAUUGAAAGUGAACUGACCUUUGUGGGCCUAGGCGGUCUUCAGGACCCCCCUCGGAAGGAAGUGAAGCCCGCAAUUGAGGACUGUAAAAAAGCAGGCAUCAGGGUGGUCGUCAUCACUGGUGAUAACAAAAGCACUGCAGAAGCUAUUUGCCGAGAAAUUGGACUCUUUGCUGAAGACGAAGACUUGUCUCUUAAAUCAUUGAUCGGAAGAGAUUUCAUGAAGCUGUCAUCGAAUGAAAGAAGAGAGCUUCUUCUUGGGGACAGAAACAAAGGUUCAGGCUUCGUUUUCUCUCGCGCUGAACCAAUUCAUAAGCAAGAGAUCGUCCGUGUGUUGAAAGCUGGGGGUGAAAUCGUGGCUAUGACUGGCGAUGGAGUGAAUGAUGCCCCUGCCUUGAAGCUCGCUGACAUCGGAAUUGCGAUGGGAAUUACUGGAACCGAGGUUGCAAAGGAGGCCAGUGACAUGGUCCUUGCAGACGAUGACUUCGCAACGAUCGUAAAAGCAGUACGAGAAGGCCGCUCAAUCUAUGACAACAUGAAGUCCUUCAUUCGCUACUUGAUCUCCUCCAACAUCGGCGAAGUAGUCUGUAUCCUCCUCACAGCUCUUCUCGGAUUUCCACAAGGAUUAAUCCCAGUCCAGCUCCUCUGGGUAAACCUCGUCACCGACGGUGCCCCAGCCACCGCUUUGGGCUUCAACCCUCCUGACCCAGACAUUAUGGAACGCCCUCCCCGCCCCUCCACCGACGGGCUCGUCAGCGGGUGGACUUUCUUCCGCUUCAUGGUGAUCGGCUCUUAUGUCGGCCUCGCAACCGUCGGUGUCUUUGCUCUCUGGUACCUAAACGACACCAGCUUCCUGGGGAUAGACCUCUCAAGCGACGGUCACUCAACAGUAACAUUCCACCAGCUUUCCCACUGGGGAGAGUGUUCCUUGUGGCCUAAUUUUCGUGUCACUCCUUUCACGGCCGGUGACCGUAUGUUCGUCUUCGGAGACCCCUGUGACUACUUCUCCCUGGGGAAAUUGAAAGCCUCCACUUUGUCCAUGUCCACUCUUGUAGUUAUCGAGAUGUUUAAUGCUUUGAAUGCCCUCUCAGAGAAUAAUAGUUUGUUGACAACGCCCGGUUGGGUGAACAGGUAUCUGCUAGUGGCGAUUGCAGUAUCCAUGGGGCUGCAUUUUGCCAUUUUGUAUACUCCGUGGUUGGCAGAUUCGUUUGGAGUGGUUCCAUUGAACUUGAAUGAGUGGUUGCUAGUGGUGGCCAUUUCUUUUCCAAUUAUCCCGUUAGAUGAGUUGCUCAAAGUUAUAGGGCGACAGUUAGCGAAGAACCAAGCAGAGGAGAAACUCUAACUCUUGGAUUAUUUUGUACCAUUACAGAGGCUCAUGUGCAACUGUAUAAAUUCAAACAAAUGAAGCUGUUACUUUUUUCCUAAGCA